AUGCCAGCCUCCGACUUUCUGGACGUCUUCGCAGUCUCGAUCGGCAACUCUAUCUAUACAUGCUCCGCCAUCCUUUGCGAUCCGUACGAGCGCUGUGCGGACUUCGAACUGACCCGCAUCGUGGGAAACGUUGGCCGAGCUGGAGUGACGGUGCUCAUCCCGCCGUCAGACCCACGCAUGUCCAAGCCUGAGAUCGAGAAGUGGACGGUCAUCAACCACGCUCAGUUCGACUCGACUUGUGCAGACUAUUUUCAGGAGACAAGUUUGCAUCUUUCCUUCACCGGGUAUGAGAGACACGUACGCAACGCUGUCAAACACGGGCGUCAAGACGUGGAGUGCCAAUAUAUGGAGGCGGUGGUGUCUGUUUACAAUGGCAAGGCAUGGGUCGCGGACCUAGAUAUUCUGAAGGGUCUGGAUGACAAGCUUCUUGCCCGAUGGAAGCCCCCACGCUCCUGUGAGCAUGAUAAACAGCGCGAGUUGCAGUGGACCUCCCUUGACACGUGGGAUGAAUUAAUUGAUGUGCCGAGUGAUUUCAGCAUCGUGAGGGCACACGCCAAUUCCCUAGCUAGACUGACUGCCGCAAUCGUGGCUGUACAGAAAAAAGUUCAUCGGUGCAUCGUGCUGCCCAGGCAAGGAGUAUGCUACGAAUGCCUCCGAGAGCUCUUGAAGGAAAAGGCCGGGAAGCAGAUCGUCUUGGUCUGCUAG